UCCCUCGCGCUAGUCUUGCUGUGUUGUGAUCACGUGGGCAGCUCCGGGCGCGGCGCUUGUUUUGGUUUCCCUCUAGCUUGUCCCUGGCAGCUUCGGGGUGAGCGACUUUGCUGUGCCGGUUGUUGCGCCUGCCUUAUACUUUGAUCUGCUCUUCUUAGGGCUCUUUCAGCCCGCAGUUCGGCAAGCCCUUCGGGGCCGGCUCCUGCCAUGCCGUUAGUUCGCUACAGGAAGGUGGUCAUCCUCGGGUACCGCUCUGUAGGGAAGACAUCUUUGGCACAUCAGUUUGUGGAAGGCGAGUUCCUGGAAGGCUAUGAUCCUACAGUGGAGAACACUUACAGCAAGAUAGUGACUCUUGGCAAAGAUGAGUUUCACCUACACCUGGUGGACACAGCAGGGCAGGAUGAGUACAGCAUUCUGCCCUAUUCAUUCAUCAUUGGGGUCCAUGGUUAUGUGCUUGUGUAUUCUGUCACCUCUCUGCAUAGCUUCCAAGUCAUUGAGAGUCUGUACCAAAAGCUACAUGAAGGCCACGGGAAAACUCGGCUGCCGGUGGUGCUAGUGGGGAACAAGGCAGAUCUCUCUCCAGACAGGGAGGUCCAGGCAGUUGAAGGGAAGAAGCUGGCAGAGUCCUGGGGUGCGACGUUCAUGGAGUCAUCUGCUCGAGAGAAUCAGUUGACUCGAGGCAUCUUCACCAAAGUCAUCCAGGAGAUUGCCCGGGUGGAGAACUCCUAUGGGCAAGAGCGCCGCUGCCGGCUCAUGUGAGCCCUCAGGCAUUGGGUGGCCGCCUUGAUUCUGCCCCUGGCACUUGCCAGGCUCCAGCGGGUGUAGGCCCUUAGGACUUCACGGGUAUGGUUGCCAGCUGUGUCCCCGGUCCUCUGGUCACACAGUGUGGUACCCUCAUGUUUGCACACUUUUCCAGGCUCCAGUGGCCUGGUUGUCAAUGUUUACAAUGGGGCAAGGAUGUCUCACGGGCACUGGCCUCUAGUCCUCUGUUUUUGCUAAAUGAAUUGUUACAACCUGCAGGGUUGGGAUGUGAGUCCUAAGCAAUGUUUAUUUAGGACCCAGUCUUCUGUGCAGGUUUUGGGUAUUGGCUGGGUAAAGGGAGCUGGGGAUUCCUGAAGUGGAGCUGGCUCCCUAGGGUGACAAUGUAUAUAUGCAAAUAAAC